GGGAGGGAGGGACGGAGAGGGAAUAGUGGGCUCGUUCCCUGACUUCGCUGACCGGAACAGAGAGACGUCUAUGUCCCCCACCUUACUUACAGAGGGGAAAGGGGAGUGGAGAGAGUGUAUUUUCAGCUGACUCAAUUCAUUUUCCUUUUAGUCUCUUUUAAAGAAGGAGGGGGAAAAAGAGGAGAAGAGCCCAUUUUAGGGAGCAGCAAGCUAUAACUUCAGAGAGCGCUCGAGAUCCGGGGGCUGCGGCUGGGCUUCUAUCAAGAGUGGGUCUGCUGCUGCUGCUCCAGCAGCGCCAUCUCUCUGUCCGUCCUCCGUCUAAGGCUGCUUCGAUUCCAGAGGGCAAAGCGAGAGCAGAUCUGUAGCAACAGGUUCAGCUUCACUCUACUCAGUGAGAAGAAAAAGACAAGGCUUUGCAGGAUCCUGAAAAAGAAGAAAAGGGGCCGGACCUCAGCCGUAUGACUCAGUAUCCCAGCACGGAGUGUCCUGAGGGGUUCCUUGCUUUCAGAUCCCUACAACUUCGGACUGAAUAGCUUCCAGAGCACCAGACACAUGGGAGGACACACCUCAACCCCCAGAAUCUUUCCUUUUUUUGCCGGCUCUUUUCACUCUACUCCAGAUCUAGCUUUUAGGCUGAUUGGACUCUAAGUAGAGACAAAGUUCGUAUUUUAAGAAGUAUAGCGAUUGUCGCUGUUGUUGACAAGAGUUGACCGGUAGGAAAAUUUUUGUGCCACUGCCGAGUCAUUUAGUCAGUCAACAAGCAAUAAUUAAGCCCUACAUUUAUGUGGUUGGCACUGGGCUGAACUCUAGAGUUAUACAAAGAAAAACAAAUAGAGCUGAGGCGCUGCUCUCUGUUCUUUCCACAUUGGAGGAACUCAACCUUCCGAGAAAGAACUGAGGCUUGCUUAAGCCCCUCCACACUCUUCAUCCUCUCCUUCAUCUCGCAUCUUUUUACCCCGAUUUUGACCGUGAUACCGUCUUCUGCUCUCCAUGGAGCUCGACCUAUCUAUGGAAAAUCAGAGUGAAGGAGUUGAGGAGGGCUGGAAUGGUAGUCAGCCGGAGCUAACGGAUCGGGAUCUCAAACCCCUCUUCGGUCUCGCCAUCGAGAAUUUCAUUACACUGGUGAUAUUCGGGAUGAUCUUUGCCAUGGGCGUGUUGGGCAACACUCUGGUGAUCACAGUUUUGGCGCGAAGUAAGCCAGGAAAACCUCGCAGCACCACAAACCUAUUCAUCCUUAACCUGAGCAUCGCUGACCUGGCGUAUCUGCUCUUCUGCAUCCCUUUCCAGGCCACAGUGUACGCGUUGCCCACUUGGGUGCUGGGCGCCUUCAUUUGCAAGUUUACGCAUUACUUCUUCACCGUGUCCAUGCUGGUCAGCAUCUUCACCCUCUCUGCCAUGUCCGUGGACCGUUACGUUGCUAUUGUCCACUCGAGGCGCUCUUCCUCCCUACGAGUCUCCCGUAAUGCUUUGGUGGGCGUGGGGGUCAUCUGGGCGCUCUCUUUCGCCAUGGCCUCUCCGGUGGCUUACCACCAGCGCCUUUUCCACGAUAAAAUCAACAACGACACUUACUGUUGGGGCCAGUGGCCCAACCAGCAGCACAAAAAGAUCUACGUGGUCUGCACCUUCGUCUUCGGGUACCUGCUCCCCUUGCUGCUGAUCUCCUUCUGCUACGCUAAGGUGCUUAACCAUUUACAUAAAAAGCUGAAAAAUAUGUCAAAGAAAUCAGAAGCAUCAAAGAAAAAGACAGCACAGACAGUCCUCGUGGUAGUAGUCGUAUUUGGCAUAUCCUGGUUGCCACAUCAUGUGAUUCACCUCUGGGUUGAAUUUGGAGUCUUUCCAUUGACUACAGCCUCCUUCUUAUUCAGAAUAACAGCACACUGCCUGGCUUACAGCAAUUCUUCUGUUAAUCCUAUAAUAUAUGCAUUUCUCUCUGAAAAUUUCAGGAAGGCUUACAAGCAAGUUUUUAAGUGUCGGAUUGGCAGUGAAUCACCUCAGAAAGAUGCUAAAGAAAACAAAAGUCGGAUAGACACCCCACCAUCAACCAACUGUACCCAUGUGUGAGUCAGAUAAAUGAUAUGUUGAGGUAGUGUUGAGUUUCAUGCAAAUGGACCAGAAUUACAGAAAACAAAGCACAAUCAUCUCCCAGAGAAGUUUGCAACUGAAUUUUCAUGUAAAAAUUGGCUUGGUUACUGAAAUUAUUUGUCUACUAAUUUGUAAAUUCUAUUACCUUGCAUUCAUAAAGUUUCUUAGUCCACUUAGGAAAGUUUUUGGAAGAUUCAACUUAAGGCAAACAACUUCUUUCUCUUCUAAGAAGACAUCCCAUGGAAAUGAGAAAAGAAUUUUUUUUUUUUUGCUGUAGUUCUAUAUAACCAAGAUAAAUAAUACUCCCAUGCAUUGUUUCAGUUUUUUGUGAACCAAUUGAACAAAUCCACUGUUAUAUCAAGAGAUGUUUGUUUUAUAGAUUUGAGAACAAAACUCUGUCACAGAAAUAAUGUUUAGUUUCUUUGACAUCGAGUACUUAUCUUUUAGAGAUUAUGCAAUCAAGACAUUUCAUAGAGGUGAAAAGAACACAGUAUUUGGAGAAAGAGGA